GUUCUAUCACUUUGUAUAUAAUAAGUCCAUUUCUCAGUACCCUUAAACCCCUUUUACUAUCAGAAGCUUUGUCUAGGGUUUUACAUCUGCAGCUCUCUCUUCACAAACCACCAAAACCCAAAGGUUAAAGCUAUGACUUUUUUCAGCAAAGCUGGGAGUCUACUAAGGCAGAAUCUGUGUAACAAGCACGUUAGCAUAGAAGGGUCUGCAUCCAACCUCUCCAUCUUCCAAUUGAUAAGACAUGCGUCAAACAAAGUAUUUGUUGGAGGCCUCCCUUAUUCAACUGAUGAUGUGUUUUUGAGAGAGACUUUUCAGAAGUAUGGAGAAGUUGUAGAUGCAAGAGUUAUAACAGAUAGGGAUACUGGCAAUUCCAAAGGGUUUGGCUUUGUUACAUACAACACAGUGGAGGAUGCUAACAGUGCUAUUCAGGCCUUAGAUGCUACGGACCUUCAGGGCCGCACUAUAUCAGUGAGGGAGGCAAAUGAGAGGCCACGAAGCACUGGAUUUGGCGGUGGUGGCGGCUACGGUGGAGGUGGAUAUGGUGGAGGCGGAGGCUACGGUAGGGGAGGCGGUGGAUAUGGUAACGAUGGAGGUGGAUAUGGCAACUCUGGCGGUUAUGGCAGUGGUGGAGGUGGAUAUGGCAACUCUGGCGGUUAUGGCAGUGGUGGUGGUGGUGGGUAUGGGAACAAUGCCAACUACGGUAACGGAGGAGGCAACUAUGCUGGUGGUAGUUUUGGAACUGAAAGCAGCAAUUAUGGUAGUGGGAGCAAUGUUGGUUUCGGAAAUGAUGGUCAGAACUUUGGUGCUGCAGGUGGGGUUGGCUCUACUGGUAGCAAUGAUUAUGGUGCUAGUGCUGGUUUCGGCGGAAACACAAAUUUUGGCAAUCAAUUCGGGAAUAGUGAAGCCAGCAACAUACCCGCUGCCGGUCAGGCUUUUAGCCAGAGUGAUCCACUCGAAGGGAACUUCAAGGAUGACAUUGACAACACUGGUGCUUUUGCCAGCAGGUCGUAGAGUGUAUUCCCAGGAAAAAGCUUUCUUUUGAGAAAAUAAGCCUAUUAUUUUGACUCAACAGAUGGUUCCUUAUGAAUUUCGUAUAUCCUGAAUUUUACUUGGAGAACAAUUCUGUUUCAGUUGGGUAUUAUGAAUUUUGGCAUGGUUUAUAAAGCAUUAUGUGUUUUACUAUCA